AUGGGUGUCAGAUGCUUCUCAAUUGCUGUGAUGCUGGCCUUUGUCUACUGGAACGCUUUUCGAUCAAUCAAACUGGACAACACUCUAAGAUACGAACUUGAGAACAGCACUUCCAAGAACACGAUCCUACGAUGGAUAUAUUCGGGGAGUCAAAGGGAGGUGGACUUUCGGCAGUAUUUGGAGCACAAGGAAAAAGACAAGCGCCAGCGAAUUCGAAAGAAGGCGGCAAUACUGGAGCAAAGCCCUGAGUUUUGGAAAACCUUCACCAUGGUGACACCGCUUAUAGUGGCCGAGAUGGCUGCCUCAGUUCUGUUUGAGUUGCUGGUCGCCAUCUUCUCCUUUUCAAUUGCCUUGUACACACUGGUCAUUGGUGUUUUCUAUCAAGGCGCGGACAUCAAGCCACUAUUGACCGCGAGCUUUGGGCAGAUCAUGCCUAUGCUUCUUCUGAUCGUUAUUGCUCUGACAGCAGUUGAGGUUGGCACAAUCAAGAACUUCCGAAGGAUUGAGAUCGAGGUCGAAAUUAAAAAACAUCCCGCCUUAUUGCACAAUACUACGAGGGGCGGCCCGGGACCAGAGAGGAACGGCGUGCUCUCGAGCCGGGCACAGUCUUUCAACUUGCAGAACAGCAUGAUGGGCGUCACAGAGGAGUUUUCAAUGCAAAGCCCACGCAAAACCUAUGAGACCUCAUUAUUGCCUAUGGCUGCUGCAUCUCAUAGUCAACCAGACCUCUCAGGCACUGCUGGCCUUGGCACGAGCGUCGACUCGAUGACCAGAUGGAUGACACCGAGGAGAAUGACAACAAUAGAAUUAGAAGAGGGGAAACGGCACUCGAAAGGAGGCACCUAA